AAAUAAAUGUAUUGUGAAGGUAUUUUGCCAGGUGGUUCAGAUGUAAACAUUUUUGCAUGUUUACACUACAAAAAUCAGGCUAUAAGUGUCAGGUAGGGGUUGGGGAUAGAAGCCACACUGGACAGGCUGCCAGAAUAUAUUCGGGACACCAUGGAUUGGUUUAUGGGGAAAACGAGGAGGAAAGACAAGGAGGAGAAGGUGAGCAGCGAGGAGAGGAAGCCAUACCUGGAGGAUGCUCUCAUACAAGGCCGAUUCUGCGAUGUCGACCUAAAGAAGCUGGUCACUAUCCCCCAGGGUCUGGACUACAACGAGUGGUUGGCCACAAAUACGAUAUCAUUCUUUCAACACAUCAAUCUGAUGUAUGGCACGUUGUCCGAGUAUUGCACGCUGACCACAUGUCCUGAGAUGAGGGCGCCACAGAACUC